AUGACUCACGUGUUUCUAAAAUCCGUUUUUGCUAACAGGACAUGGUCCUACUUUUGCUCUUUUGCAGGUAUUAAUAUAGCUGGUCUGUCAUUAAGAGAAACCAUCAUGAAGUGGUGGGAUACGAGUGGGAAAGCAGAUAUGAGACCUUAUUACAGAGCGUUACCAAGUUUUGUAAUAUGGGAACUAUGGCAAAGAAGGAACAGGAAAAAGCACGAAGGGAAGAAUCUAUCCGCACAAAGAGGUAUACACAAUAUUACAAGGCAUAUGCACAUGUUGGUAAAGGUUCGGAGGCCUAACAUGAAGUGCUCAGUAAGUUGGUCAGAUAUGUUGAAGGAACUAGAGGAGUAUUGUCCAGAACUGACAACUAAACUGAUCAAGUGGGAAUGCCCUCCUGCAGGAUGGUGUAAAUAUAACACGGAUGGGGCGUCUAGAGGCAAUCCUGGGCAGAGCUCUUAUGCCUUUUGCCUAAGGAAUGACAAAGGAGACAUGAUUUAUGCAGAAGCGGCAACUAUUCAAAGCAGUACGAGCACGGAGGCAGAAGCGAAAGCAAUUUUAGAAGUGAGUAAACAUUGCAAGAGUACACAACAUAAUCACAUCAUCUUUCAAACAGAUUCGCUGCUAUUAUGCAAAGUGUUAAAGGGUGAAUGGAAGAUACCAUGGUGCAUCAGUGAUACAGUCGAGGAAAUAAAAAUUUGCCUAAUUGGAAAAGAUCACAAAUUUGUGCACAUAAUGAGAGAGGGAAAUCAGUUAGCAGACUACUUAGCAAACAGAGCAAUAGAUCAAGGAAAUUGCAAUUUUAUAGAAUUUGGGGACAUGGGAUAUAAAGGGGAGAAAGAUCAUUAA